AUGGUCGCCAACACUGAACCCGCUGGCCAUCAAGCCAGUGCAACCCUACAGCUCGACAACCCCACAAUCACCAAGCCUCUCCAAGCUAAGCCCUCAGGCCCGCACAAACUGUUUGCGGAGUCUGGCGUUACCUACGGUGACUGGCGAGAUGAUCUUGCCCGAGACGGUUAUGCAGUUGUCAAGGGCGCCGUUCCUCGAGAGAGGGCAGAAAAGUAUGGUGAUGAGAUUCUCUCAUACCUUGAGAACUUCAAUGGUGGUAUAGGUUUCAAGCGCGAUGAUCCUAGCACUUACAAGAACGAGAACUUGCCCGUCAUCACCGAGAAGGGCAUGAUCAUUGGAUACGGUGUCGCCCACGAGUCCUUCACCUGGGCUAUCCGCCAGGAACCCGGCGUCGUCGAGGCCUUUGAGCGAGUCUACGACACCAAAGACCUAAUCGUGUCCUUCGAUGCCAUCAACACUUCCUUCCCAGGCCGCAAAGACGUCAAGGCCAACAAGCCCUGGCCUCACCAAGACCAAGACCCUCUUCAGCCCGGCUUCCGCUGUCUGCAGGGUCUCGUCAACAUCUUCCCUAACGGCGACAACGAUGGUGGCUUGAUUGUCUGCAAGGGCGCACAUCUCCUUAGCGAGAACUUCCACGAGGACUUCAAGAACGAGGAGAACAGAAUCUGGGCGUGGACCAAGGAGUGGUACGGCUUCACGGACGAGGGAAUGGAGUGGUUGAAGAACAAAGGCUGCGAAUGGGUCAAGAUCAAUGCUGAGCCUGGCGAUCUUCUUGUGUGGGACAGUCGUACGCCUCAUUACAACGUCAGUCCCGAGGGUACUUCGCCGCGCGCUUGCACUUAUACUUGCUACAUGCCCGCUGCCGAUGCGACACAAGAGGAUCUGAUCAGAAAGAAGGGUGCGUUUGAGACUCUUCAGAGUACGACCCAUUGGCCAAAUGCUAUGCAUGUUGGAGGUAUUCCUAUUCUACGAGAUGGAAAGCCUUGUCCUUAUAACACUGGCAAGCCGAGGGAGGCACCGAAGCUUACAAACAGAGGGUUCGAGCUGACUGGUAUUCCUUACAUCACUGCAUAA